ACAAGAAACAGGUGACGCAAGAAUCGGGGGUUGACGCGCAUAAGGGUGCUUGCAGGUUUUCCGUUUUGAACAGAUACUGUGUCUGAGUCUCUGGGAGUGGUCUAGAGAGGUUCGAUCAGCCCUCUAUUGGACUCUGUCAAAGUUAAACCUUCAGCAUGAGCAAUCGAAUGUGGAAUUUUGCAUCAAGCUGCUUUGCUGGAUGUGCGAGGCUGAAGAAUGAUUCUGCAAGUGUAAAGCAACCUCACACAGCUUCAGAAUGCUCCGAUGAUGAGACAUCUUCUGUUGUGGGCAGAGGGGAAGGGCUUGAAUGCCCAAUAUGUUGGGAAUCUUUCAACAUUGUUGAAAAUGUGCCCUAUGUCUUAUGGUGUGGCCAUACCCUUUGUAAAAAUUGCAUCCUGGGGCUGCAAUGGGCUGUUGUCAAAGUUCCGACGCUGCCAAUUCAGCUUCCACUUUUUAUCUCCUGUCCCUGGUGCAAUCUUCUAUCUUUCCGUUUGGUUUAUAAUGGAAAUGUCAAAUUCCCUCGCAAGAACUACUUCCUUCUUUGGAUGGUUGAGAGCAUAAAUGGUGAUAGAGUGAAGACACAAUCAGCUUUCUGUGGGGAUCAUCAUCUUCAUCAGCAACCUCUAUGGCCAAUCAAAGACAAUCGAACAAUGGGAAGCCAAGUACGCCAUGACAACCUGAGGAGGGGACGGCAUGUUCCUCAGUCCCAUACAGGGCCAUCAGUUUCCAAUCAAUAUAAUGAUUAUGCUGAUAAUCACUUCACUAUGGAAAGACUGCAUAGUUCUGUUCUGAAGUCGCUGGUUUUUUUUGUCCACUUGACAGCUAAGUUCCCAUUUGUGCUCAUACUUCUUCUCAUUACUUUGUAUGCAAUCCCAGCAAGUGCAGCCGUUUUGGCUUUGUACACACUUGUCACCAUUCUGUUUGCUUUCCCAUCACUUCUCAUCCUGUACUUUGCAUAUCCUAGCUUAGAUUGGCUUGUCAGGGAAAUUACCACUUGAGAUCACGAGGCAGUAUAUAUGCUUCACUUAGUGGCUCUAUCCAACAAUUUCGGCAUUGUAAAUUACAGCUUCAUCAUUUUCUAUUGCCAUGUAUAGUUCCUGCUCAAUCUCAGUUUUUUGAGUCUUAA